CAAUGUCUUGCCGUCUCUGCUUUUUCCUCUUUUUUCAUUGGAUUUGUAGUUAUUACUAACGAUCAUCUGAGAACAAAUCCGAAGCAGAUCAUAGAAAUGGAACUCGACAAGAUUAAGGUCGACAAUCCCAUCGUUGAGAUGGACGGAGAUGAAAUGACUAGAAUUAUUUGGAAGUCUAUCAAAACUAAGCUUAUUUUUCCAUUUUUGGAUUUGGAUAUCAAGUAUUUUGACCUUGGACUCCCUAACCGGGAUGCCACUGAUGAUCAAGUUACCGUAGAAAGUGCUGAAGCCACUCUUAAGUAUAAUGUGGCCAUCAAGUGUGCAACUAUUACUCCAGAUGAAACUCGGGUCAAGGAAUUUAAUUUGAAAAGAAUGUGGAAGACUCCAAAUGGGACAAUUCGUAACAUUUUGAACGGUACUGUUUUUAGAGAACCAAUCAUCUGCAAAAACGUUCCACGCCUUGUUCCAGGUUGGACCAAGCCAAUCUGCAUUGGGAGGCAUGCUUUUGGUGACCAGUACCGAGCAACUGAUGCAAUUAUUCAAGGACCAGGAAAACUUAAGCUGGUUUUCGUACCAGGUGGACGUGAUGAGAAGACAGAAUUUGAGGUUUUCAAGUUCACUGGAGCUGGAGGUGUAGCACUGUCCAUGUACAACACUGAGGAGUCUAUUCAUGCAUUUGCUGAGGCCUCAAUGAGCACUGCUUACCAAAAGAAGUGGCCACUUUAUCUUAGCACAAAGAAUACUAUUCUUAAAAAAUAUGAUGGAAGAUUCAAGGACAUAUUUCAGGAAGUUUAUGAAACUAGAUGGAAAUCCAAGUUUCAGGCUGCAGGCAUAUGGUAUGAACACCGUCUAAUUGAUGAUAUGGUUGCUUAUGCCAUUAAAAGUGAAGGAGGUUAUGUAUGGGCAUGCAAAAAUUAUGAUGGAGAUGUUCAGAGUGAUUUCUUAGCCCAAGGUUUUGGGUCUCUUGGGUUGAUGACAUCUGUACUGGUGUGCCCCGAUGGAAGGACUAUUGAAGCUGAAGCAGCCCAUGGCACUGUUACCCGCCACUAUAGAGUUCAUCAAAGAGGAGGUGAAACCAGCACAAAUAGCAUAGCAUCAAUUUUUGCUUGGUCGCGAGGUCUUGCACACAGGGCAAAGCUGGAUGGGAAUGCCAGACUCUUGGAGUUUACUGAGAAACUGGAAGCAGCGUGUGUUGGAGCUGUUGAAUCAGGGAAGAUGACCAAGGAUCUUGCACUUCUUAUUCAUGGGCCUAAGGUCACUAGGGCUCAGUAUCUGAAUACUGAGGAGUUCAUUGAUGCUGUGGCUGAGGAGUUGAGAUUAAGAUUGUCCGCAAAGGCUAAGUUGUAAACUCCAGACACAUACAGAGUGACUGGCUAUGUUCUCAUCAAGGAUGUUUAAUUAGGAAGUAGUUAAUGGUGAAAUUUUGUUUGAAUCUCAUGAAGUCUUCUUUCCUUUUAAUUUUAAUAUAUAUUACUACCUCCAUUCUAUAUUAAUUCUCUUUUUCAAAUAAAAAAAUUCUAAUUAUGUGUCACUUUAAUAUACUCAAUGCAACAUUAAUUUCUUUUUUUUUUUUUCUAUUUUAUCACUGUAUGAGAAUGUUGUAUGAGAAUAGGUGUAAUAAAUCUUACAAUAUCUAUAUAAGGAUGAUUUAGUCUAAUUUAACUUUUUUUUUCUUAUGAUUAUGUCGAGUAAAUAUUUUUUAAUCCGAGUGAACUAUUAAAAAAUGGCAAUUAAUAUGGAAUGGAAGGAGAAGUUUUUUUACUCAUGUUCAGUAUGUGGAUAUUAACUAUUUGACUCGUUAUUAUUUAAAAAUAAAAUAAUAUAUAUGUUGUUAGAUUUAAUAUUAUAACUGUGCAUAUUAUUUCUUUUUUAUUUAUUAUUGCCGUCAUUUUAGUGUUAUUUUAAUUCUUUGCUUAAUAUAUGCUAUUUUUAGAAUUAUGAGUUAUUGUAAAAUUAAAAAAAAAUAAUUUGUCAGUUAAUAAUAUUAAAAAUAUAAUCAAAAUGUCAUUUUUUAGGAUUAAAUUCAUUGUCGACUUAAUAUUCUAAUGAAGUCAGAUUUUAGAAUUAGACUUGUACUAAAUAAAUUAUUAAAUUUAUUAUUAAAUUAAAUUAAUAAAAGACUAAAUAAAAGUAGUUAACCAAUAAAAUAUUAAGGCUCUAUUAGUAAAUUUAUAUGUUCCCCUUCCAUCACACUUCUACAUAUAUAGUAUGCCUAAUUACCAGUUAAAUUUAGAACUUUUAAUAAAUUUUAUUCAAUUGUUUUAAAAUUUUAAAAUAAAUAUUCAUGUUUUUAAUUUUCAAAAACACUUUUCGAUUAUAAUUUCGAACUUUCACGGUGAGAAAAAUGACGUAGGUAAUUGACUGUAUUUACUAAAAAAAUAAUAUUUAUAAUUCAGUAUAAAUAGUUUAUUUUAGAUUUAAUAAUAUAAUUAUAAAAGAUUUUAUAUAUAUGAAUUUUUUUACACAUUUUAUAGCUAAGCGUAAUAAUUUUUUUGUGGACUUGCUAAUUCUUUUAGUAAGCAUAUUGAUUUGUUACAUCAUUUUUUUUAUUAUAAAAUUUUAAAUAUUGUUGUCGGAAAGUGUUUGAAAAAUAAAUUAAAAAUAUAAAUAUUUAUCUUUGAAAUAAUUGCAUAAAAUUAAUGAAAAGUAUAAACUUCAGAAUAUAUAUAUAUAUAGGAAUAGCUGGGACGGAAGGAUUCGAACCUCCGAAUAGCGGGACCAAAACCCGUUGCCUUACAACUUGGCCACAUAUUUGUCUAUUGUGUAUCAAAUUUAUGGUUUCAUUGCUGCAACCUCAAUUUUCAAUUUAAAACGAGAAAGAGUUUCCCAUUGGUAACAAA